AUGGCCGAAGUGACAGAUGAACACAACCGGAAGUUGGGCGUGCAGGUGGUGGCCGCCGUCUUCAUGCCCAUCGCUACCAUCGCGGUCAUGCUGCGCUGCUAUGUGCGGGCCCGGAUCGUUAGGGCCUUUGGUCUCGACGAUGCAGCAAUGGUUGUUGCAGCGGUGUUCUAUAUCAUGUUCUGUGCUUGUGAGAUCGGAGGUACUCGGUAUGGUACUGGAUACCUUUUCGAACACCUGAGCGGAGACGAUGCUGCCACAGCUAUGGAAUAUUGGUGGUUCUGCGAAGUUGCUUAUUGUUUCGCCUCGAUUGGAUGCAAAAUUUCUGUUUGCAUUUUCCUCAUGCGGAUCACUGUCAAGCGGAGUCACAUCUGGACUCUCUACAUCGUUAUGACUCUCACAGUUCUUUGCGGGUUGAUUUUCUUCUUUGUGAUGCUUCUACAAUGCAAGCCGGUGUCAUACUUUUGGAACCGCGUUAAAGAGGACCCUAGCAUUGAGGGCCACUGCAUCGAUAUCAACAUCGUCAUUAUCAUGACAUACAUUUAUAGUGUGUUCGCCGCAAUGUGUGAUUUCACCGUUGGUAUCUUGCCAAUCUUCCUCGUGCGCAAGUUGCAUAUGAAAAAGAAUGCCAAAUUGGCCGUCAUCGGAAUUCUCAGUAUGGCUUGCAUGUAUGUGACCCUCUCCACAACCCUGCGCAAAAUGCUAACGGAACGCAGUGCCUCGUCAGCAGUUAUCGUCCGUCUCCCAUUCGUGAAGACAUUCGGAGAACCUAACUUCCUUUACCCAGACUCCACCUACCAAAUCGCCAUCUGGUCCAACACCGAAGCCGGCCUCGGAAUCACAGCAGGCAGUCUCGCAACUCUCCGUCCUCUCCUUCGCCACUGGCUCGGGUCCCGCUCCGAAAACUACCCCUCAUCCGGAUUCCCCCAAGCAUCAGGCUCCCGCCGUAUCGGUGGCAACGGACAACGCGCGGUACCAUUAGGAUCCAUGGACGCAUCACACAGAAGCGAGCUCCGGCCCGACAAAUUGGCGGUCCUGGUGACAAAUAUUGAGAGUCAGGGAGGAAUGGGAAGCACAUGGACAAGGGCCUCGAGCCAGAAUAGCAGUGAGGAAGCAUUGACUGUUGAGCCCUCGCCACGUCUUCCCCGUGGAGGAAAGAUGGAGGUCGGCAUUCAUCACACGUUUGAGGUUACGCAGACCACGGAGGGAGAUUAUUCUGAGGGUUCACAUCGAGAUACCAGCGUGUUGGAGCAGGUAUGA